AUGGCAAAGGCACGCACUUCACUGCGUCAUGCAGAGGCAAUCGACGUCCAUGAGGACGACAUGGGAGAGGACCAGGCCGAAGAGACACAGGACGAAAGCAUGAAUCCGCUCGACGAAAGCGGGCGCACUGCCGAUAGCAGCGACGAAGAAGUCGAAGAUUCCGUCCAGGAAGAUAUGGCACGCUUCGAGGAGACAUUUGUCGGAAUCAGCAAGCGGUUCCGACUGAUUAACCGCAUUGGAGAGGGAACCUUCUCCACCGUCUACAAGGCUGAGGAUCUCGAAUACACCAAGUACAACAACGAUUGGGACAUCGACGAGCGCGAGGAGGCUAAAUCUCUCCCAGCACACAAGAGGCAACCUGCCAGAAAGCCCCGCUACGUCGCAAUCAAGAAGAUCUACGUCACGAGCAGUCCGAUACGCAUCUUCAACGAGCUCGAAUUACUGUUUGAUCUGAGGGAGGCGGAUUCAGUAUGUCCGCUCAUCACCGCCUUCCGCCACCAGGACCAGGUCGUCGCUGUGUUGCCCUACUACCAGCACCGUGACUUCCGCGAUUACUACCGCGACAUGGGCAUUUCCGACAUGCGCUGUUACUUCAAGAGCCUGUUCACUGCACUCGCAGCCGUACACAAGAAAGGUAUCAUUCACCGCGACGUCAAACCUACCAAUUUCCUCUACAAUACCUCGCAGUCUCGUGGAGUCCUUGUUGACUUUGGCCUCGCCGAGCGAGAGGGCACAGACUGGCACAACUGCGCCUGCCACAUGUCGGAGGAAGACCGUCGAUACAGGAUAUCACACAGUGUCUACGCGCAGACACAGUCAGCAGGCCACACCGCUUCCGCAUACCCCAAGAACGAUACACGAAACAGCCGUCGUGCCAACCGCGCGGGCACCCGUGGUUUCCGUGCGCCCGAAGUACUCCUAAAGUGCACCCAACAGACCUGCUCCAUCGACGUCUGGAGUGUCGGUGUCAUCCUGCUCACCAUGCUCUCGAAGCGGUUCCCUUUCUUCCACAGUGCAGACGACAUCGAUGCGCUCCUCGAGAUCACGACCAUCUUCGGACGAAAGAAGAUGCGAGAGACAGCCCUCCUGCACGGUCAGGUAUUCGAGACCAAUGUACCCAGCUAUAGCGAGGGUGGGCACAGUCUGGAGAAGAUAAUACUCUGGUGCACAGGCCGCACAGGCGACAAGACACAACCCAAGAGGGAGCUGGAUGACGAUGAGAAGGAGGCUGUCCAGUUCUUGUACCGCCUACUGGAAUGCAAUCCUGCGAAGCGCAUCACAGCAGAAGAAGCGCUCCACCACCCGUUCCUUGUGAAUGCUUACGAAGAACAUGAGGUGGACGAUGACAUGAGAGAGGACUUUGUAGAGAAUUAA